UUUACGGGUUAGACGGCACAGUGGAUUAUCAGGCCUUACCGGGCGGGUAUGGAUAUUUGAUUAGUAUGGAUUCUAACAACCCACUUUAUAGUUUAUACUUCAAUUCCGAGCACUUCGCUGCUUCAAUUCGCUUCUCUGGUAAAACCCAAUUUCAUCGAUUGACAAACGGACGAUUCUCGUUCCAAUGGUUGACAGAAUCAGUGAACUGCCAGCAGAUUUAAAGGACCGAAUUUUGGAGUUCCUGGACACCAAAUCUGCUGCCCGAACAGCUCUCCUCUCAACUCAAUGGAAGGAUGUGUGGUAUCGGCAUGGUCGGCUUAAGUUUUAUUGCAAUGUCUACGAACGCUUGGCAUCUUUUGGAAACAUGAUAACUGAAGUUCUCUCCCUCCGUUCAGGACCCGUGAGGGAAUUUUCGCUUACUAUUUGCAAUCAGGAGGAUCCAGCCCUUCCCCAGUCUGAUAUUGAUUCGUGGUGCCUAUUUCUAUCCAAAAAUGGAAUUGAAGAACUUGACCUAGAUUUUUCUGAGUUUCAGGAUUAUGAUCUGCCAGUUUGUAUAGUCUCCUGCCCGACCAUUAAGGUACUCAAUCUUCGGAAUUUCUUCGUCCGGUUCCCUGUUAAUGCUCCACCUGGCAGUAUAUUUCCCCGCCUCACAUCUGCAUUGUUCAUCGAUACUCAUUUCGAGCAUAGUGCUGCUGGAAUUAUGUCUUGUAGUAUACCUAAUCUGGUUGACCUGGCCUUCUCCUAUUGUAUUGGGGUCCAAAAGUUUGUGAUCAAUGCUCCAAAACUGGAAAGCUUGAUGGUUAUUGGCUCCAGAAAUGAAUGGUCAGAAUGGAGAUGGUUUCUUCUUCAUCUUCCGAUAAUUAAGACUCUUUGGUUGUCUCCAGAAUUAUUUGUGGAUCAUCAUGGUGCUGCAAUAAAUAUUCAAGAGAUGUUACCAAUGGCAAUGAAUGUGAAAGUAAUUAAGCUGUAUGAGUUGAAUUUUGCUUCCGCAAAGCACUUUGAUUUCGCUGUUCAGCUGAUUAAAAAAUGUCCAAACCUAUGCGAACUGGAAAUUCUAGCAGAACAGGUUGUAAUGUCCAGCAUUUACAAACCUUUAAAUAUUUAGCAAGUAUGAGGCUGCCUUCUAUACACACAUCAUGAUAAUGCAUUAUUUCCCUUGUGCUGUAGAUUUUCUCCGGGCAUGAGAAUGAUGAGAUUAAAGCUGCUGCAAGGAACUUGGAAGAUCCAGGGUGUGGCCUUAUUGAUCAUGAACUGGCCGUGCUUAAAACAGUGAAGUUGGCAUCAUUUCUUGGACUCAGAUUGGAAGUACAGUUUGUCAAGGCAAUCCUGUCAAAUUCUCCCGCACUUGAGACACUUGUUAUUCAGGAAUCACCAAAUGAUGAUAUAGAUGACUCUAUGGCUUUAGGAAUCGCAACGGAAAUGCUCCACUUCCCUCGUGCUUCUCCAAAAGCACAAGUUGUCAUCUUGGAGUAUAGCUAUCCCAUGGUGGUUGUUUCACCUCCAUGGUUUUAGCUUUUCUGUCUUUCAUUUUCAAAUGGAUUAAUGCAACAUGUGGGGGCUUUUUUUCGGUAAUAAUCAUGUUACUGAGUUGUAAAAAAGUUCGUGUUUUCUAUCCAAAUGACAAUUAAACAAUAUUUUUUUUGUUUUUAUUAACUGAAGUAAAUGGAAGAAAUGAGAUGCUAAGCAUUUUUAUGCAGUAUAAAUUUUUGUGAGGUCUCAACG